AUGAUUACUACAGUUGAAAAAGAACCUGUUCCUCGAAAACGAAGAGUGAUUAGUCAGGUUGCUCAAGCUUGCCUUCGAUGUCGGCAAAAGAAAGUUAAGUGUUCAGGUGAAAAGCCCGCCUGCCAAGCUUGUUUGAAUAAUAAUGUGGAAUGCGUCUGGCCUGAUCGACCCAACAUGAGAGGGAAGCGUUCGUCUCCAUCAUUCACAAAUCAUUUGUCCACAAAAGUUGGCAGCAUAACUGGCCAACAACAUACACACCCAGAAUUGGAUACUAUAAAUUUACAGAUACCAUCGUAUUUCCCUGUUCACUCAUUUUCUAACACGGUCUCUCCAUCGUCUGCUGAAUCGAUGGAAUUUCCUUUACCAAUCACAAGUUUAGAGGAUCAGCAAAAGCAGCUAAAAAUACCUUCCAACCGGAAAUUGUUACAGAUGUGGGAAAUCUUCCUGAAAACAUCGUAUACUGAACUUUACGGCAUAUUUAAUAAACCCAGCAUAACUUCCCAGAUAUCGAAAGGUACUGUUCACCCAUUAUUAGCUCUUUGCAUUUGCGCUCAUGCUGCCAGGUUUUCUCAAGAAGAAAUCAAUACUUUCAAGUCCCCUUCUGCUGCCUCCGAAUAUUAUGCAAAAAAUGCAUUCUCUUUGCUCUCGUUUCAACUUCAAGACAUUUCGUUAAUUAACAUAUCCGCAUUGCUAAUGCUUUGCCUGAUUGAACUGGGUGCUGGCCGAAGCCCUAAAGCAUGGCUACUGUUAGGAAUGGCUUUACGGAUGGCAGAUUCGUUGGAUUUGGGCAAUGAUUUUAGCGAAGACUCUUUCUCCAGCUUACCUGAUAUGUUUAAUUGGGCUGAAGGUGAGCAGCGGCGAAGAACAUAUUGGUCUUGUUUUAUGAUUGAGCGACUUCUCGCUACGGGGUUUAUGGCUCCUUCCAAACUUCGAACUAUUUCCCUCAAUCCUAACAAAACUUCAAUUCAGCUUCCUUGCCCUGAGGCUAACUUUUGCUUUUCUCAGCCGGUUGUAACAGAAUUUUUCGAUGGAUCCAUCCCUCAAAACACUUUUGAAGGCCAAUCUCCAAACGCUACUUCUACAAGUACAGCAAGCGACUUUUUGAGUUUUACAAUGGGCAGUCUUAUCCGUUUGUCCGAUAUAUGGAGUGAUAUUUCCCGAUGGGUGCUUCGUGGUGGAUAUUCGCAAGAUAUUGUGCCCCCUUGGAUGCCACAAUCUUUAUUUCAACAAAAGUUAGCGGUCUUAGAAAAUUGGUCAAAAAACCUUUCUCCCCGAUUGAGCUUGACGGACGAAAAUUACAGUAUAUAUAGUGCUCCUGGUGAUUGUUCUGGUGGUUGUUUUAUCUUUAUGCAUAUAUUGUUCCAUGUAACAAAUGUUUAUCUAUUAAGAAAUGCCUUAGACUUGUUUCCAACGAAUGUACAAAAAUCAGAUUUGUUUGCAUCUGUAUCCGAACGAUAUGGACAAGCUGUACCUACCUCUUGGAUAGAGACGAUUUUGACCCGUGUUAUAAAUUCUGCAAAUAUAAUAACGAGACUUUCAAUAGAACCUCUGAAUUAUGCGAUGACUCCGUUUUUUGGUUUUUCAGUUUUGACGGCUUCUACUAUCCAUAUGCUUAAUAAGUUUUGCAUACAAAAUGCCAAUAACGAAUUUCUUGAUGCGUUGCAGUUUAGUCGAAUCGAUUACUUAAUUUUACGUGAACGUUCUAAAUACUGGACUUUCAAUAAGGGAAUGCUGCAAACUUUUAAGAUGAUGUAUAACUACUACCGCUUCCACUAUGUUGAAAAGCAGCCGUUCGUCAAAUAUAGAAUUCCAGGGUUUCCUGCUUCCAUUCUGGAAUACGGGACAACAAUGGAAGAUUCAAAUUCCCCUUUAAACCGAGAAUUCCCGUUUUCAAGGAACUACUUAAUGUCUUCCAACGAAUUUGUAGACUUGAGAACUGAUUUAGACGGAGACAGUAGCAUUAGAAGUCAAGAUGUUUCUGCAGAUUUUGACACUGCUACGGAGAGUGAACUGUUUAUAACUCAUAACGACUUGCCAGUUGAAUAA